AUGGAAAUAAGGGGAAACUGAGGUCUAGUGUGAUAGUGUCCAUCGAGGUGAGGUGAGUGAACCAAGAGAAGAACCCAGGAUGGGGAAAAAAUGAGGGCAAUGAGGGAAGUGGGAACAGAGUGGGGCAGUGCUGGGUGUCUUAUGAACUGAGGCUGGUGAAUGCCCAGGGCCACUUCCUGUAUCCUGAGGCCCUCACAAGGACCUUUGUCCCCCCACACCCCAGCCAUGACAGCCUUCCUCUGCCAGGACUAAUUUGUUGUCUGCUCUGAAUUACCUGACCCCUAAGGAGUCCCAGGACGCAGGAGUAGCUGCUUCAGACUAGACUAGGAAGCACGCAGCCUUUGUGAUCAAGAGAGCCCCAAUGGAGGAUAAAUCUGCUCAGCAAGAACAGGAGAGCCCCAGUCUUCGUCUGGGAAAACUACAGCACUGGGCAAGGCACAGGCAAAGUGCACACCUCUUGGUGGUGGCGGUGAGUCAGCUAUGGUUGGCAGUAGUUGUGGUGCCCUUUACUGUCUCAGUCGCCUGCCUGAACUCUGCUUGUCACAUGGCCACAUCACUGCUAUUUGCACCUGCAGUCUCAGGUCUCCUCACAGGGACUGUCACCCUUGAGCUUCGAAGAGCACCUCGCUUAUGGAAGGUUCGGGCCAUGAUGAUAUUCAACACCUUCAACCUCAUCUUGGGCUUCAUUGCGCUGGUGGUCGAGGUGGUGAAGACAGCCUUGAGGCCUGCCUCUACUGCCCACUCUCAGCCUGCAGGCUUGCUGGUGCUCGAGCUCAGUGCCGAGGCCUUCACCACAGGAGGAGUGCUGGUUUCAGCAUAUGCCCUGCUGUUGCUGAGCCAGAGAAACCCAGGAUGCUUCAGGAACCCGGGUCUGCACUACCAGGAGCUGCAGGAGGGCCUCUCUGAGGUGGAGGAGGUUCCUGGUUUGGAGAAUGGUCCCAGUGCGGCCAGCACAGGAAACAGAACAAACGAAUGAGCCAGCAAGGGGAAGCAGACAGGUGCUACGGCCCUUCAACCCUGAAGGACCACUGUCCAGAUGCUCUGCUUCUCACCCCGCCGAACUCAGAAGCUAACCAGGCGCCUUGGCACAUGUGUGACAUCUUCUUCCCUUUUGUGCUGCAUAAAGAUAUGCCACGGCGAGAGACCUCCCUCCCAUUCUUAUCUUCCUUUCCCAUUGCCUCUUCACACAGCGUCAUUUCUGUCUCAUCUCACUGUCUUUCUGUCCAUCAUUCACAAUCCCAUUCGCUUCACGUCCGGGUUCCGACACACACCAACCCUGCAUGCGCAUUCCUU